AUGAUUAAAGUGCACGGAAUAGAGGGGAGGAGAGAGAUGCAUGAUGCACAUACAUGCAUGAACGAACGAAAAGCAUUGACUGGAUAGCGAUAGAAAGAGGAGGAGGAAGGAGAGAAAGAGAGAGCGAGAGAGUGUUACUGAGUGCAUAAGACUGCAGCACUGAGAGAGAGCUGACAGAGAAAAGAGAUAGAGGGAGAGAGAGAGAGAGAGAUUUGGAGGAGAGGUCAGAUAGAUGGUCGGUAGAUGAAGGCAAAGAAAAAGAUUGUGAAGACCCUGGAAAAAAAGGAGUAGAAAGGACGAGAAGGAAGACUGUACCUCCAUACUUCCGUGACGCAUCACUCCAUCAUCUCUCCAUCAUCUCUCCAGUUUUCCCCUCCUCCACUGUAGGAGGAAUGAUCUUUCCUUCUUCAACUGCAUCCCUCCAUCCUCACCUGGACUCCUGGACUGGAUAAGGCUAAGUACGAUGCAUCAUCAUCAUCAUCAUCAUCAUCGCCAUCAACAUCAUCAUCAUCAUCAUCAUCAUCAUCUGUGCCAAAUUGUGAAUGACAGACGGUAUGGCAUCGUAGAAAAAGAGGAAAAGAAACUAACAACCCAUGGUGUAGACAAGACCUGGCUGGAUUCCUGGGACAUUCUUGGACCAGUCAAGAGUGAACCCACACCCUCAUUCACAUAGACCUCUUGAGGAAUUCCAAGCUCUCUUAGACAAGAACGGAUUCUUCCAGAUUUUUCUGUUGCCUCAAGAACCACUCGCUCAAAAAAAGGUUCUCAAGUCAAAGGAACUUCUCGAUUGUGCCAUUGACUUAAACACAAGUGUCCACUUACUGUCUUACUGACUUUGGGAACACUACUACCCAAACCCAACAAGUUUGCAAUUUUAGACCUUCUCACAAGGAACUUUCUAUAUAGGUGCUUAUAAGGUGUAUACAUGUAUAUAUAGCUAUAUAUUUAUAUUGUGUCAGCUUAUAUAUACAGUUGUGGUUAAAUAUUAUGUACUGUGCUCAGCAAUUUCUUUGUAAAACUAGAUUUUUUUGUUAGACGCUGAACAAAAGUAUUAAUAAACAGGGUAUAAGUCUCAAAAUCACUAUUCUUUAUAAAGAACUGGACAUUGAAAUCUAUUGCAUUAAACUUAUAAACUCUGAUAAAGUCUGUAAAGCUGUAAUCAAAAUUUCACCAUCUACAUUAGUCCAAGAAAAGUGGCCAGUGGAAGAACAAUGGACAAAAGCAUGCGUCCUCACGUUCCCUGCAAUGGCUGAGUGUCCUUCUUGGAUUUUUCUGAAAACACCACUCACAGGGUUGUGUUAAAUACCAAACACACAAACACACAGCUGCAGAGAUCAUCCAACUCUUUCAGGCGCGAAUGUCCUGUCUGAGGCACCAGCCUGUGACCAUCCCAAUGGAUACAGUCAAGAUCAUCCAAUCAGAGAAAUUCCCACGGGAGUGCCCUGUACCUGUGACCCAGCCUCGCUUUGCACCUCCACCCCGUGUGGCCUGGGAUGGAGGAGGUGAAGGCGAGGUUAUCGUUAACCAGGCCUGCAGUGACCUGUCAAUCGAGGUGAAUGGUAACACCAUGGUCAACCCUCGUCCUCUGGCAUCACCUCCAGCACCAGUCCUCCGUCGCGAAGCUAGCUAUUUAGCCCAACGCAAGGCUAGCAACAGCGAGAUAUGCUACCACCAAUUCCACUACAAGAUGGAUGACGUAAUCGUGAACCAGUACGUCCUGCGCUCCUCGUCCACCUCAUCCUCCUCAUCAUCUUCGACGUCUUCGGGCCCGGUGAUGCCAUGUGAGCCGCUCGAUUGCCCGACUUGCGGGCACACGUACAACUUUGCAGGGAAGCGUCCAAGAAUCCUUUCGUGCCUGCACUCGGUGUGUGAGGAGUGCCUGCAGAUCCUGUAUGAGUCCUGCCCCAAGUAUAAGUUCAUCUCAUGCCCAACGUGCCGUCGCGAGACCGUUCUCUUCACCGACUACGGUUUGGCCGCGCUCGCCAUCAACACCAGCAUCCUGAGCCGCCUGCCGUCUGAGCCUGGAGGGACCGUACAAUGGGGAGGAGAUGCUGACCGCAGCUGCUACCAAACUGUGCGCCAGUACUGCCAAUCGGCUUGCACGUGCCACAUUGCUAACCCACUCUCCACCUGCGGCAUCAUGUAAACAUAGAUCUAAACCAGUCCACCAGGUGGCACUGUUUGAGCCAAAUCCACCAAACCACAAUACCAGUGAUCCUACUAUUCCAAAAGCACCCUCCCUGUUACCUUGCCAAUGCAGUUAAUAUCUAUAGAUCUAUUUAGCGCAGACGGUUGCUGUCUGGACUUUAAAGAAGUGAAAGAGACACUUGUGCAAGGAGCCAAGAGAAAUGUUAUAUCAGAGUAAAUGUAUUUUAUGUACGAACUGAUUGAUCCCUUUUCCCUUAAAAGUUCCUGUUUAUCUUGUUUGGAUGUGUUUGUCAUUGACAUCUCUUCACAUGGGAAUGCCAAGGAGACUUUGUCUCCCCCUCUCUCCUGGGAAAAAUAAAGCAAGUAAACAAA